UGUCCUAAAAUUCCCCGUCUUAAAUAAUAAUUAUAUCAAAUUAAAAUGGCAGCUAGACAUGAAGAAAGUAAUCUAAUUGCUGAAUUUAUGCAACUAACUGGUGCUAACAGAGAGAGAUCUCAGUUUUAUCUUCAGUCGGCUAAUUGGCAACUUCAUGCAGCUGUUGACACUUUUUUUGAUAAUGAUGAAUUUGUAUCAGAAGAUAGAAAUGUUGGAACAGACGAAUUAUCUUCGGUUGAUACGGCUUCUGGUCAACGUAUGGAAAGUCCACAUAAAGUAGAAAAUCCUAUAAUUAAAAAAAAAGUUAAAACAAGUAGCAAAAGCGACCGUUUUAAAACAAUUGGACAGUUAAACGAAGAAUCUAGUAGUGAAGAAGAAGGUCAGGCAUUUUUUGCAGGUGGAUCCGAAACCAGUGGUCAACAAAUAUUAGGUCCAAAAAAAACAAAAAGUGAUAUAACCAAAGAAAUAUUUGAAUCAGCAAAACAACAUGGUGCUGUUACAUUACCAGAACAAGGCUCUUCUGAUAAUAAGAAAGUAAGUAAUAUUUUUAAAGGAGCAGGGUUUAAACUAGGUUCUGAUAUACAACCAUCAAAGCAAAUAACUCCAUCUUUAGCUGAAGAAGUACCUAACCAACUUACUAAGCAUGUUGCUAUUAAAUUUUGGAAAAAUGGAUUUUCUGUUGAUAAUGGUCCUUUAAGAAAUUUUAAUGACCCAGCUAAUAAAGAUUUUCUUUCAUCGAUUUCUAAAGGUGAUGUACCUGCAGAAUUAAAACGUUUAGCUCUCAACGGUGAAGUUCAUGUUGAUAUGGAAGAUCAUGGAGAUGAAGAGUAUAUAAAGCCAAAGGAAAUUAGAAAAUGUUUUGAAGGUGUUGGUCACACUCUUGGUAGUCCCACUCCACAGAUGACACAUGAAGUUUCAGUAAAACCUCCGUCUUCAAAUAAUAUUUUACAAUCAUUCUCAGUUGAUGAUAGUAAACCUGUUACUACAAUACAAAUUAGGCUUACAGAUGGUACACGACUUGUUUCAAAGUUUAAUUAUGAUAACACUAUUGAAGAUAUAGAAAAUUUAGUACGAAAUGCUAGACCCUUAACUGCUCCAUUUUAUUUAAUGACAACAUUUCCUAACAAGGUUUUAAAUGAUUUAAAAAUGACAAUUUCCGAUGCAAAACUUUUCAAUGCAGUUAUUGUUCAACGAUUAAAGUAAUUACAAGCUCGUUUAUAAUAUAUAUAUAUAUAU